AACACAUCCGAAUGCGGAUACAGUGAAAGGAAAGGCGGAUUAAAGCAACUAUGACAAAAUUACGAAAAUUCGAAAUAACAUUAAACAAUCCUCAAGUUGUCUAUUUUCCAGGACAAGUUAUCCAAGGACAGGUUAUUGUCGAAUUGAGUGAUGAUAUGAAAAUGAGAGGAAUCCGUGUCAAAUGUCGAGGAAAAGGUCAUGUGUAUUGGUCAACAGGGUCUGGGGACAACAGACGAACUUACAGUGCCAGUGAAGAUUACGUUGAUGUUGUACUUGUACUUUUCGGCAAUGGCUCCAGCACAAUUAUCUGAUUCAAAGACAGUUUGUUGUUGUUGUUGUGAGAGCCAGCCAAUUACGGCAACAUUUCGAAUUGACAGGAGUGGUUACGUUCCUGGAGAAUCAAUCUCCUGCAAUGCAGAGAUACAAGAAGGGACUGGGAGAGGAGUUCAUUCAUCAAAGAUAAAACUUGUAAUG